AUGAUGAUCAUUGCAAUAACGUACAUGAUUGAUCCUUCCUCAGGGAUGUACUUCCAGAUCCGAGACUUUGUCCGGGGAUGUCCAGCGUGCCUGGAGCAGAGGAACAAGAGACCCGAGGUAAGAGAUGGAACCAUAGAACAUCAGCUGAUGAUCAUCCUGAUGUGACGGCACUGAUACUGAAUAAGGAUGUUUUCACUCAUGUCAUUCUCUCCCAUCUCUCUGCCACUCACACGUUUGCUCUCUUUCACACUUCCUUCUCUCACAUUCUCUUUCCUUCAAUCACUUUCUCACCCUCAUUCCCACGUUAUUGGUGACUCUGUUCUACUCUCGCUCAUGUUAAUUCGCUCUCUCCUACAGAAGCGUGUGGGCGAGAGGCGUCUCUCUCAGACGAUGAUGUCACACAGCCGUGACAUGCUGAAUAAACUGAGGAGCCAGCGGGAGGCGGGGCUGUUCUGUGACAUCACUCUGAGGACUGACGGACGCUCUUACUCCGCCCACAAGGCGGUGCUGGCAGCGGUGAGCGAGUACUUUCAGGAAGUGUUCACUGAGAUGGACUCCGCCCCUAGAGCCAGGUCUGACAUCGACCUCACAGGUACGAGAUGGACACACACACACACACACACACUUUUGUAUCUGUUUCUGUUUUCCUGCAUAUACUCUGCUCUCUCCUUUUGUGGAUGCCCAUGUUGUUUUGUCAUGGACAUGACAGCUACUGCUCUGAAAAGGAACUUAACAGCACUUUCUACCUCACGCUCUUUUCCACCUUUUCACUCCCUCAUGUUUGGUCUCUCCUCCCACUGUUUCCCCCCUCUGGUCUUCUCAACAUAUGUCAUUUACAGAAGUUCAAUCAGUAAGGCUGGUCUGAAUGCUCAUUUAACUUCAUCCAGUCAGCAUAACAUAAUUCACUUUGUUUCCUAUUAUACAGGUAUAGUGGGAAUGGAGACAAACGUAUCAUCAUCAGCAUAGUCUUGUUUCUUCUCCACUUUCCUAUUAGCCAUGUGUGGAAUGUCAUUCACCUAUUUACCUUAUAGCCUAUAAGCACCGCACAAUAAUGCUCAUACCUCAAGCUUGCUGUUUAACCUACAGUGAGGGGAAAAAAAGUAUUUGAUCCCUUGCUGAUUUUGUACGUUUGCCCACUGACAAAGACAUGAUCAGUCUAUAAUUUUAAUGGUAGGUUUAUUUGAACAGUGAGAGACAGAAUAACAACAAAUAAAUCCAGAAAAACGCAUGUCAAAAAUGUUAUAAAUUGAUUUGCAUUUUAAUGAGGGAAAUAAGUAUUUGACCCCUCUGCCAAACAUGACUUAGUACUUGGUGGCAAUCACAGAGGUCAGACGUUUCUUGUAGUUGGCCACCAGGUUUGCACACAUCUCAGGAGGGAUUUUGUCCCACUCCUCUUUGCAGAUCUUCUCCAAGUCAUUAAGGUUUCGAGCCUGACGUUUGGCAACUCGAACCUUCAGCUCGCUCCACAGAUUUUCUAUGGGAUUAAGGUCUGGAGACUGGCUAGGCCACUCCAGGACCUUAAUGUGCUUCUUCUUGAGCCACUCCAUUGUUGCCUUGGCCAUGUGUUUUGGGUCAUUGUCAUGCUUGAAUACCCAUCCACGACCCAUUUUCAAUGCCCUGGCUGAGGGAAGGAGGUUCUCACCCAAGAUUUGACGGUACAUGGCCCCGUCCAUCGUCCCUUUGAUGCGGUGAAGUUGUCCUGUCCCCUUAGCAGAAAAACACCCCCAAAGCAUAAUGUUUCCACCUCCAUGUUUGACGGUGGGGAUGGUGUUCUUGGGGUCAUAGGCAGCAUUCCUCCUCCUCCAAACACGGCGAGUUGAGUUGAUGCCAAAGAGCUCGAUUUUGGUCUCAUCUGACCACAACACUUUUACCCAGUUCUCCUCUGAAUCAUUCAGAUGUUCAUUGGCAAACUUCAGACGGGCCUGUAUAUGUGCUUUCUUGAGCAGGGGGACAUUGCGGGCGCUGGAGGAUUUCAGUCCUUCACGGUGUAGUGUGUUACCAAUUGUUUUCUUGGUGACUGGUCCCAGCUGCCUUGAGAUCAUUGACAAGAUCCUCCCAUGUAGUUCUGGGCUGAUUCCUCACCGUUCUCAUGAUCAUUGCAACUCCACGAUGUGAGAUCUUGCAUGGAGCCCCAGGCCGAGGGAGAUUGACAGUUCUUUUGUGUUUCUUCCAUUUGCGAAUAAUCGCACCAACUGUUGUCACCUUCUCACCAAGCUGCUUGGCGAUGGUCUUGUAGCCCAUUCCAGCCUUGUGUAGGUCUACAAUCUUGUCCCUGACAUCCUUGGAGAGCUCUUUGGUCUUGGCCAUGGUGGAGAGUUUGGAAUCUGAUUGAUUGAUUGCUUCUGUGGACAGAUGUCUUUUAUACAGGUAACAAGCUGAGAUUAGGAGCACUCCCUUUAAGAGUGUGCUCCUAAUCUCAGCUCGUUACCCGUAUAAAAGACACCUGGGAGCCAGAAAUCUUUCUGAUUGAGAGGGGUUCAAAUACUUAUUUCCCUCAUUAAAAUGCAAAUCAAUUUAUAACAUUUUUGACAUGCGUCUUUCUGGAUUUUUUUGUUGUUAUUCUGUCUCUCACUGUUCAAAUAAACCUACCAUUAAAAUUAUAGACUGAUCAUUUCUUUGUCAGUGGGCAAACGUACAAAAUCACUGUAUGGGCUCCCUCUGGCAAUUAUCACCUUCCUAUCUCUUAAAUCUGUAUUUAGGUCAACUUACCCAUGUUCUUUCACUUGCUGUUUUUUCAGCAACAGUUUUUGACAACCAUCCACCUCCCCACCACCACCAGCUCAACCUGCCCUCAUAUCAUCUGGCUCCGAGGAUUUUCUCUCGCAGACAAGGCCAUUCCCCAAACAAUUUAAUAAAAUGUCAUAUUGCAUUCCUUUGUUGUUAAUUCAGUUAAGACUAGAUUGAACUGUCUGUGUGUUAGGACUGAUGGUUGUCUGACGGUUGUGCCGAUAUUUACUGUCACUUUCUUUCGUCUCUUUCUCCUUUUCUCUCUCAUUCAGACAAACGUUCUAUCUCACUUACUCAAUUAAUUUAUCUUUCUAGUUGUUCCUGUCUAUCUGCCUGUCUAACCACCUUCUCUCUCCCUGUCCUGUAGGUUACAGUGAAUCUAGCCUGAUGUCUCUGCUGGACUUCUCCUACUCCUCUACUCUGUGUGUGUCUGAGGAGGACCUUCCAGAGGUCAGCACUAUGGCCCGUCACCUGGGCAUGUGGCCUGCCGUGGAGGCCUGCUCUGCCCUCCAGAGGGAGCAGGGGGACCAUGCCGCCCAAUACCCCACCACAGAGCACCCUGCCCUGGGCUUCUCAUCGCAGAUCCCUGGGUCUCCCCUGGAGCUCCACCACCACCAGAGGGACAGGAAGAGGAAUAGGGGGUUGGCUGGAGAGGGCAGGGAGAGGUUGGCUGGGGGGAGAGGGGUAAGGGGGGUGGUUGAUGGUUUCAGACUGAUUCUGGAUCAGUCCGAUGAAUCGAGGGAGGAGAGCCCGACCAGACGGUCACCCCGUCGCCCCCCCGGACCAAGUCCCCUCCCCCCAGGGCAGAACGGCAUCCCCCUCAGCCCCACCCGCAGGAUGAAGCUCAUGGACUUCAAAUCUCCCUCCUGUAAAAUAACUCCUUCCCCCCCAAAAAACGUAUCCUCCACCCCCCGAACCCGAAACACCCAAUCCUCCUCUUCCUCCUCCUCGCCCCACACACACACGCGUCUUCUCCGCUCUACUCCCGGGGCCGCCCAGGAGGUCCAGAGACUGCUGCCCAGGACAGAGAGCCAUCGGGGCCGAAAACCACACCCUGUCCCCCAUCCUGCCUCCACCUCCUCCAGCUCCUCCAGACAGAGGGCUGGCUCUGAGUCCCCCAUAGUGAGGGUGAAGCAGGAGGAAAAGGAGGGGGACGAGGAUGAGAAAGAUCAUUUCCGAGCGCUGGAGAAGUACCGCCUGAUGAACGUGCUCGGGUUACAGAGGACGUCCCUCCUCCCCAGACCAGAGGAUCUGAUUGGCUGGAGGCAGAAGAAACGCUUGCGGAAGUUGAAGGUCAAUAACUAUUCGCUGACCAAGAGGAGGAAACCUCGCCCCCAGACGUCAGGGGGGCUUGCGUUCGGGGAGCUGCCCCUGUCACUCCCCCUCUGUACCCCUGCCAAAGCCCACUUCCUGAACAGGAUCAUAAAGACGGAGCCUGAGUAUCCAACCAGCAUGGAGGACAUGAGACUGAAGAGACCCAGGCAGCCCCGGCGGUUUCCGCCCAGUGACAGGAGCAUGCGCAGUAAAGUAGCGUUACCGGACCUGCUACAGCCCGUGUCCAGGCUGGCCUAUGGAGGGAGGGAUCUCAGGCGCGCUGUCAGGGGUGUUGAGGUCAGCCACCCCCCUCCACGCCUCCCAUCCCGUUCUGGGAACACCAGAGUUCCAAAUCCCAAGAGGAACGUCUCUACAGUCCGGAUCAAACCCGAACCUGCUGACUACGCCAUCUCAGCACUGCCCCUCCCCUCAAAUGGCCGACGCCCAAACACACCCCUCCCCCCUCCCAGGGCCCACCCCAGGCACAAGGUUACCACAGAAACUGUCAGGGCGCUCCGCUACAACAGCGGGCGUCCGAUGGCCAAGGAUAAGCUGAAGCGGAGUGGCAUGAAAGAGGCUGGGAGAGCCCAGCGUAAGCCAAGAGAGGAGAGCAGGAGGACAGGGAGCAGCCAGGGAGUGAGGGGGAUCAUGGAGAGAGGGCCUGGAGCUAUGAGCAGCAGGAAGACGAGCAGCAUCCUCAGCCUUGACCCUGUUCCUCCUCCCCUCCACAGCCAUCCUCUGUACAGGGUCAUCAAGGAGGAACCAGCAGACCCCCUACCCGUGGCGGGGUCCUUCUCCGAGCCACCCUCCCCAGAGCUGGGCAAAAGGCAGGUUAAGCCCCCAGUCAAGCUCCUAGACCCAGGCUUUCUCUUCAGCUUCUGUCGGCCGGCAGGAGGGCCCAUGUUGGGGGUGAAGAGGGAGGAGGAGAGUGUGGAUAUCUGCCUAACACGGUCUGUCUCAAAGGGAGAGAGGUUUGGUCCCGGGGGGGCCCCAGCCAGGGUCCUGAGGGCCAGAGUAGGCCCCCCCACUCUUAACAGGGCUAAGAAGGAGAGGGAAGAGAGCAGUGUAAGCCAAAGUCCAACCCAGAGGCAGGGGCCACCAAGAGCUGUCAACUCUCACCAACACAAAUCCCCCCACCUGGAUAGAGCCACAGGGUCAAAGGGUGUUCGCCCUGCACGGGACAUACCAAAGGUAAACACCAGGGGAGGGGAGGGGUGUCAUAGUGUAGCUUUUCUUGCACGUUCUCCUAUGAUUUGGGCAAGUUUUAAUAUUUAAAAAUUAUAUCUGUCACAUGUACUGACAUGAAAACAUAAGAUGGAUGAACGAAAUGGCAUAGGUCUACUAACUUUCACAUCUCCAAGUCUCUGAAAUCAGUACAGAUUAAGGAAAGGAGGCAAGGAAAGGAAGCCAGGAUGAAACUAUUGAGAUGCAGCCUUGCUUCCCUCCACAGUGGAGAGUAGAGGGUAGGUCAGGAGUGGGUGAAGUUAACUGUUAUCUCUCCAUAACACCAUUCAUCAGACUGAGGAUUCAGUUAGGGGUUAAACGGGCUGAACCAAUCUCAACCCUGUCUGAGGGGGAGGGUGUUCUAAUCAUCAGCCACACUUUUGUUUUUCUUUGGGAACUAACUGGAGCAAAAUGUUAACACUUUAAUGCUCUCUUAGAUUAUGUUGGGAAAAGUCUGAUCUGGGCUAGGAUUACAUUCUUCUUUUGGAGAUUGUAAAUUGAGUUUGAUAACAUUCCAUAUUGAUUGCUCUCCGCCGACACAUGCAUAGAUCAUCAAGCUAAAAUAUGUAAUGUAAAUGGUGUAAUGACCAUGUAACUGGGUGCUUGUCCAGCAAAAAAGAGCAUUAGGGCAUCUUAAGAAAUACGUGUUCCCGAAUGUUAUCUAACAGAAUGGAAUCGAAUUGAUUCUGUUUCUCCCUCUCUGUCUGCAGAAGCCAGCUAAGCCCCUGCCUAGCCGAGGCCCCGCCCUGUUGGACUCGAUCCGCCGGGCGCGGCUAAAGCAGCUGCGGGGUCCUCUCAGUCAGGCCCCCAAGGCCAAGUCGUCCCACAUCUGCCUGCAGUGCCGAGCAUCCUACAAGGACUGUAACGCCCUCAUCAUGCACCGCAUCAGGCACAUCGAGGGCAAGCACUGGCCCUGUCCUGUACGUACUGCAACUGUUACUGUCUUUGAACAUUCCCCUCCCUCUCUGUGUGUUGUAGCUGUGUAUUGAAAUAUAUGUUGGCUCUGUGUUGUAGCUGUUUCCUUAUACAUACAUACAUACAUACAUACAUACAGUGAGGGGAAAAAAGUAUUUGAUCCCCUGCUGAUUUUGUACGUUUGCCCACUGACAAAAAAAUGAUCAGUCUAUAAUUUUAAUGGUAGGUUUAUUUGAAUAGUGAGAGACAGAAUAACAACAGAAAAAUCCAGAAAAACGCAUGUCAAAAAUGUUAUAAAUUGAUUUGCAUUUUAACGAGGGAAAUAAGUAUUUGACCCCUCUGCAAAACAUGACUUACUACUUGGUGGCAAAACCCUUGUUGGCAAUCACAGAGGUCAGACGUUUCUUGUAGUUGGCCACCAGGUUUGCACACAUCUCAGGAGGGAUUUUGUCCCACUCCUCUUUGCAGAUCUUCUCCAAGUCAUUAAUGUUUCGAGGCUGACGUUUGGCAACUCGAACCUUCAGCUCCCUCCACAGAUUUUCUAUGGGAUUAAGGUCUGGAGACUGGCUAGGCCACUCCAGGACCUUAAUGUGCUUCUUCUUGAGCCACUCCUUUGUUGCCUUGGCCGUGUGUUUUGGGUCAUUGUCAUGCUGGAAUACCCAUCCACGACCCAUUUUCAAUGCCCUGGCUGAGGGAAGGAGGUUCUCACCCAAGAUUUGACGGUACAUGGCCCCGUCCAUCGUCCCUUUGAUGCGGUGAAGUUGUCCUGUCCCCUUAGCAGAAAAACACCCCCAAAGCAUAAUGUUUCCACCUCCAUGUUUGACGGUGGGGAUGGUGUUCUUGGGGUCAUAGGCAGCAUUCCUCCUCCUCCAAACACGGCGAGUCGAGUUGAUGCCAAAGAGCUCGAUUUUGGUCUCAUCUGACCACCACUUUCACCCUGUUCUCCUCUGAAUCAUUCAGAUGUUCAUUGGCAAACUUCAGACAGGCCUGUAUAUUUGCUUUCUUGAGCAGGGGGACCUUGCGGGCGCUGCAGGAUUUCAGUCCUUUACGGCCUAGUGUGUUACCAAUUGUUUUCAUGGUGACUAUGGUCCCAGCUGCCUUGAGAUCAUUGACGAGAUCCUUCCAUGUAGUUCUGGGCUGAUUCCUCACCGUUCUCAUGAUCAUUGCAACUCCACGAGGUGAGAUCUUGCAUGGAGCCCCAGGCCGAGGGAGAUUGACAGAUCUUUUGUGUUUCUUCCAUUUGCGAAUAAUCGCACCAACUGUUGUCACCUUCUCACCAAGCUGCUUGGCGAUGGUCUUGUAGCCCAUUCCAGCCUUGUCUACAAUCUUGUCCCUGACAUCCUUGGAGAGCUCUUUGGUCUUGGCCAUGGUGGAGAGUUUGGAAUCUGAUUGAUUGAUUGCUUCUGUGGACAGGUGUCUGUUAUACAGGUAACAAGCUGAGAUUAGGAGCACUCCCUUUAAGAGUGUGCUCCUAAUCUCAACUCGUUACCUGUAUAAAAGACACCAGGGAGCCAGAAUUCUUUCUGAUUUGAGAGGGGGUCAAAUACUUAUUUCCGUCAUUAAAAUGCAAAUCAAUUUAAAACAUUUUUGACAUGCGUUUUUCUGGAUUUUGUUGUUGUUAUUCUGUCUCUCACUGUUCAAAUAAACCUAUCAUUAAAAUUAUAGACUGAUCAUUUCUUUGUCAGUGGGCAAGCGUACAAAAUCAGCAGGGGAUCAAAUACUUUUUUCCCUCACUGUAUACAGGCCCGUCUGAAGUUUGCCAAUGAACAUCUGAAUGAUUCAGAGGAGAACUGGGUGAAAGUGUUGUGGUCAGAUGAGACCAAAAUCGAGCUCUUUGGCAUCAACUCAACUCGUCGUGUUUGGAGGAGGAGGAGGAAUGCUGCCUAUGACCCCAAGAACACCAUCCCCACCGUCAAACAUGGAGGUGGAAACAUUAUGCUUUGGGGGUGUUUUUCUGCUAAGGGGUCAGGACAACUUCACCGCAUCAAGGGACGAUGGACGGGGCCAUGUACCGUCAAAUCUUGGGUGAGAACCUCCUUCCCUCAGCCUGGGCAUUGAAUAUGGGUUGUGGAUGGGUAUUCCAGCAUGACAAUGACCCAAAACACACGGCCAAGGCAACAAAGGAGUGGCUCAAGAAGAAGCACAUUAAGGUCCUGGAGUGGCCUAGCCAGUCUUCAGACCUUAAUCCCAUAGAAAAUCUGUGGAGGGAGCUGAAGGUUCGAGUUGCCAAACGUCAGGCUCGAAACCUUAAUGACUUGGAGAAGAUCUGCAAAGAGGAGUGGGACAAAAUCCCUCCUGAGAUGUGUGCAAACCUGGUGGCCAACUACAAGAAACGUCUGACCUCUGUGAUUGCCAACAAGGGUUUUGCCACCAAGUACCAAGUGUGGUCCUCUGUAGCUCAAUUGAUAGAGCAUGGCGCUUGUAACGCCAGUGUAGUGGGUUCAAUCCCCGGGACCACCCAUACGUAAAAAUGUAUGCACACAUGACUGUAAGUCGCUUUGGAUAAAAGCUUCUGCUAAAUGGCUUAUUAUUAUUAUUAUUAUUAUUAUUAUUAUUAUUAUUACUAAGUCAUGUUUUGCAGAGGGGUCAAAUACUUUUUUUCCCUCACUGUAUGUAUAUAUAUAUAUAUGUUGGCUCUGUGUUGUAGCUGUGCAGUAAGACAUUCUUCAGGAUGAGGAAUGUGAAGAACCACAUUCGGACCCACGACCAGAGGCUGUAUAAGUGUCGCGGCUGUAUGGCUGUAUCCUGAGACCUGACUGGGGAAGGAGGUGAGUGUCCCUCUGUCCUGCUUAAGAGCAAGACACAAUAACCAACGUCGGAUGUGUGCAGUAGCUCACCUGCUGGUGUCAACUAGCUGUGGUGCUUCAACAUGUAGAAUAGUCGGGAAAUGAACAGAAAAAUACGGCUGAUGUUCUGUAGUCGGAGGCGACAGGACGGCCUUCCGCUGCUUUAAACUGUUUGAUGGCGCCGUCUGUUUUGUCCUUUUUAAGCAAGUGUAAAUGGUCAGCACUGCUCCUACCAGUGAAGAUGAUUGUAUUUGGUAAAUAAUUCUACAAUAUGCCUUUAUCACUGAUUUCCUGUCAGUCGUGCAUUGUCGGACUAACUCUUCAGUUCCCUAAUUGUCCUGUUUGUGUUUUAGGGUUAAAGCUGUCUACAUUGACUGACGUGAUGAGGAGAAGCACAUUGUUGAACUGCAAGCUUGUACAUACAAAGCAUCAGUCCACAUCCAAACACAAGGCUCCCAGGAGAGAUGUAAUUACUAUGACGAUGAUGUUCAUGAUUAUUGUAGUAAUUCUUGAUUGUUUAAUGUUAUUUAAAAAACCAAACGUAAGUUCUUCUUUGCAUUUUAGGUAGUUACAGGGGUUUAAACUUGAACGUUACACUCAGGGGGUGGGGAAUCUGUGAGGUCACUGUAUUUAAAUGGUCGACGACGUCACAGUAUGUAAACUAGAAUUGUGUAGAAUGGAAAUUACGGAAAAUUAUGAUGAUGAUAAUUAUUACUACUAUUGCUAUCAAUAUUUUUCUAUGUAUAGACUGAAUCUUUGAGUGCACCUAUACCAUAGCUUUGUUGUAAACCUAAAAUACAUUGAUGUAACGGAGGGGUAGCCGGAGAGCAGUCCCAGGUGAAAAUACUUGAAGGUUCACAGGGGUUGAUUUGGAGAUGGAGUUUGGAGAGUGUCUCUUAAAGUCUGUAGAUGAGGGGAAAAGUUGAGUGUCCUUCUACUCUCUUCUUUGGUGUUCAGAGAUGGUAUGAGUUGGCUAGUAUCGCUUUAUGUAUCGGUUCUCUAGUCUCACCUUUGUCCAGGGUCAGGGUUUGGGAAAGGGGGUUGGGAGGGGGGAAUAGGCCCAAUCACAAAAGGACCUCUAAACACU